GGUGGCCAUUUAGGAGGAAAGUUGGAAUGCAGGAAGAAGCCAACAUAAGAAGUGUUCCUCACAUCAAUGGGGAAUUCCACUGCAUUUUUCUUCGUAUCUCUCAACAUAUUUUCUCUAUUAGUUCUGUUUUCUUCAUUCAAUAAUGGAGAUGCGGCUGUUGACAGAAACCUCGUUGCUGCACAAACUCAUGAUUUUCACAUCAUCAAAGUUAAUUCUUUGUUACCGGACUCAGUUUGCGACUCCUCCUCACAAGGUCGGAAAUUACCAACAUCGUCAUCGCUGAAAGUUGUGCACAGACAUGGACCGUGUCACAAUCGACACAAAACAGAGUCUCCACAAUCACCGUCCCAAAUCCUAACUCGUGACAACUCCCGAGUUGACUCGAUCAACUCCCGAAUCUCUGCCAAGUCAGUUGAAAACACAUUAACAUCCACCAGAUCAGUCACACUUCCAGCAAAGUCCGGCUUAUCAUUAGGCACCGGCAAUUACAUUGUCACUGUCGGGCUCGGAUCACCAAAAAAAGACCUGUCAUUAGUUUUUGACACGGGGAGCAGUCUAACAUGGACACAAUGCGAGCCUUGCGGUGGAUACUGCUACAAUCAACACGAUCCGAUCUUCGAUCCUUCAGAUUCCACUAGCUACACAAACAUCUCCUGCAAAGCAGUGAAAUGCAAACAACUCAAACCCUCCGCCUGCAGGGGGGCUAACUGUAUUUACGGUGUACAGUAUGGCGACAACUCUUUCACAGUCGGUUACUUAGCAAAAGAUAAAUUAACGCUAUCACCAACCGAGAUCAUCAACGAUUUCUACUUCGGAUGUGGGCAAAAUAAUCAAGGCCUGUUCGGCCAAGUCGCUGGAAUAAUCGGACUCGAUAGGAACAAAUUUUCGGUCUUUUCACAAGCAUCAAAGAAAUACGGGAAAGUGUUCUCGUAUUGUCUACCUUCUAGGUCCAGCGGAUCUGGUUACCUAACUUUCGGUAAGUCUGUCGUUUCAAACAGCACUCAGUAUAUCCCGCUUGCUAAUUUGAAGGGCUUUUAUUCCAUUAAUAUUAUCGGCAUCUAUGUUCGCGGUCAAAAACUCGCAAUAAAUCCAACUGUAUUCUCCACCUACGGUUCUAUCAUCGAUUCGGGCACUGUCAUCACACGCUUUCCCUCGGAAGCAUACACAACAUUGCGAGACGCUUUCAGAAAACAAAUGUCCGCGUAUCCAGUGGCGAAUCCAACGAAGGUAUUGGACACUUGUUACGACUUUAGUAGCUACACGGGAGUGACAGUUCCGAAGAUUAGUAUUGAGUUUGGCGGGAACAAGAUAAUUGAUCUCGGCAUUACAGGAAUAUUGUACGUGGUGAGUUUGUCGCAGGUGUGUCUGGCGUUUUCGACGAAUACUGGUGUCACUAAUCUCACGAUUUAUGGGAAUGUUCAGCAGAAGACAAUGCAAGUUGUUUACGAUGUUGCGGGAGGGAGAUUAGGGUUCGGACCAAAUGGAUGUGCUUAAUCAAGUUAUAUGAUGUUGAAGGAAAGAUGAUUAAAUAGCUUUUGGUCAUAAAAAAAUGGUUUGGGCUAUAUAUGAUGUAUGGAAUAAAAUGAAUCUGAGAAGGAUUGAAGUUACUGAACCAUAGUGUUCAUGAUAUCAUUUGUAAUUAAAACAUUUAAACAACGAUUGUGCUCAGAUGAUUCGAGCAGUUAAGAGUUUAUCCUCUAUUGUUUUAAGAUCA